AUGGAAAGGUGGAAGCAUGGAACAAGCUGUCUAAGUGCAGAAUUAGAUCUGAUACAUUUCACCGGUGCUGGAAAAAUUAGUGUUCAGUUAUAGUUUCCUUCUACCAAGAAUUUGUUUUGUGAAAAAAAAUCCAAUUAACUGUGCAAAACAACUUUAUUUAUCCAAUAAGCCUGGGGUAAUUCCAAAAAAAUAAUAAUAAAUAUUGCUGCUACUUCCCCUGUAUUUGGCAUUUGGAGUGCUUUGUAUAAUAAUACAAACAAGCAGAAGUUUAGGUCUUUGGGAGAGAUAUUUGCACAAACCGACAGUGACACUGGAUGCUACUGGAGAAAAAAAAGGCUUGCAUACAAUGGGAUUGGCCAGAUUUGGACAAAUUGUGUUUUAUGUGUGUCCCCUCCCCACCCCCACCCCCGCCUUCAAAAAAGGUUGGGCAAAGGGAUUUCUGAAGUACUUACCCACACCGAGCUUUCAUAUUAUAUUUUCCUUUUUUAAAAAACAACAACACUGUAAUCCUUUAUUUUUAAAAAUGCCAGUAAGUUCAGUAUGAUAUGAAACUUCCCAUGUGAUGGGACAGAAAGAUGGAGAAAAGUUCUAACAGCUGACAAAGCCACAACCCAAUAUCCCGCCCUUCUGCAUUCUUUUAAAAGUUAUCCAGAGGUAUUCUAUUCUUCAUGAGAUGUAUUUAAUGAAAUAACAACAAUCUGCACUUUUGCAGCCAGGAACAGCAUCGGCUCUUUUUCUCUCCUUAGCUAAAGAGAAGAGGCAGAUUAUGCUUUUCCAAACAUGGCUUUGGACCACACAGACACAAAAUACACAGCUGAAGGUAAAUACUGUUACUGCUCCUGUUCAGGCCCUUCUGCAGCAGCAGGGCCAAAACCAUUAUUUAUCUCUCUGCUCAGUUUCAAGUACAAGCCCUUUCCUUAAAGUGGAGGAGUCAGUUCUUUACCCUCUGAGAUAGAUUUGCAAAGUCAGCUUUCCAAUAAAGGGAAACGAGAAAAAACUUAUGACAUGAAAAGAAAGGCAAACAGAAAGUACAGAAAGACUGGGAAAUCUUUAAAGAGUAUCUGGAAAAACAUUACAAUAACAAAUAUCUCCUGGCAGAAAUAGAAUGAUCCUUGUAAAACAACAAAUAUAAUGUCUUUUGAUAUCUGACGAAAAUAAAGAAAGCAAUACAAUAAUUUGGAACUGUGUGUGAAAAAAUAGUAGAAAUAAUAACACAAUGAGUCUAAUUGGAAGUCAAAUGGGUUUAUUUUCUUUUGUUUUCUUUUUUCUUUUUCUUUUCUUCCCCCCCCCCUUUCUCUUCUUUUUUCUUUUUUGUGCCUCGCCUCCUUUCUUGGUCUUUCUCUCUUUGAUCUGUUAAGAAAGAGAUAGAGUGGUACCUCGGGUUAAGUACUUAAUUUGUUCCGGAGGUCCGUUCUUAACCUGAAACUGUUCUUAACCUGAAGCACCACUUUAGCUAAUGGGGCCUCCUGCUGCCGCCGUGCCGCCGGAGCACGAUUUCUGUUCUCAUCCUGAAACAAAGUUCUUAACCUGAGGUACUAUUUCUGGGUUAGUGGAGUCUGUAACCUGAAGCGUAUGUAACCCGAGGUACCACUGUAAAGAGAUAAAAGUGUAAUAUGAAAACUUCAGUAAGUUAAAGGUGAUGUUGUAUCAUUUUUCAAUUACUAUUUACAUAUUGUUAAAAUUGGUUAAUUGUAAUGAAUUGAUGUAGCAAUUACUGUGGUUUUUUCCUUUGUUGUUGUUGAAUUCUAAAUAAAGUAUUAUUCUUCAAAAAGAAAAAAGGGGGGAGGGAAAAAAGGCAAACAUGGUCAAGUACAACAUCUAUGCCUCUUCUUUUCUGCGCCCCUUUGGUUGAGAUUGCCUUGCCAAAGAGGAAGUGUGCAACCCCUCAGGAACUUUUCCCCUUGCCACAUUCAUUCCACAAAUGAGAUCUAAGGUCACCAUGUUCUCCUGCUUUGGAAGAGUUUUGCUACAUAAGAAGAGAGACUUCUUUCACUGAAUAUGAAAUGUUUCCUAUGCAAGGAAUAAGGCUGAUAGCAAGGUCUUCCUGCCCAAUGAAAAAUGUUAUGCAAGGUCUCUUCAGAUAAUGAGAAGGCCUUUUCUGUUCCCAGGUCAAACAAUGCAGCCACACAUCCAUAUCAGAAUAUCCCCCCGAAAGAGCAACUCUACAUGAGGCUUGCCUAGCCUAGAUCACAUCACACACACACCCCAGCCCCCAUGACAUGCUGACAUAGAGGUCACCAGUAAACCAGAAUUUUGAGAAGUACCACACUUGUCUUUCUUAUGCUCCCGGAUUGUACUAUUAUUACCGGUAACAACUGGCUUGUCUUCUCUUCACUGUUCCUUUAUAACAGGGGUGGGAGGACUUUUCAAGACCAUGGGGCACAUUUCGUUCCAUGCAGCCUUCUAGGGGGAAUAUGUCAAUAGUGGGUGGAGCAACAGGUGUAAAAAAUUUCCAGUUGUACAGUAGGUUGGUUUCUACACACCCUUACCCUUCUCUAUCCUCCAUCCAUCCAGGCAAGCCAGAGGCAUUAUCAGAGUUCAAGGACACAUUCCAGCCAGGCAAAAAGGCUCUAGAAAGAUGGGAAGCAAGGUCGGUGGGAUGUGUUGUCUAUGGAAAGCAGUUGUGGCUGAGGAGGGGCAGUGGCCUGGGAAGAGUUCCAUAUUUGGCCCCUGGGACUGAGGUUCACACGCCUGCUUUAUAUUUAUUAUUUAUUUGUUACAUUUCUAUUCUAUCCCACUCUUCUUCCUAAGGAGCACAAGUGGGAAAAAACAAAUUGCCACACCCCUUAUGUGCCUGCAGUUGAAGUCUGAAAGAAACCUACGUAAGUAUAGGUGCAGGGAUCUCCUCUGCAGCUGGCAAUGCUGAUCUCUCAAGGCUUCUCUCUCUCUCUCUCUCUCUCUCUCUCUCUCUUAUUUAAUAUUUUUAAUUAAAUUUUCCAUUUUAACAAUCCAAUCAAAUCACAUUAAGUAUUCCAAAUUAUACAAAUACACAUCAUAUAGUCCAAAUAUUCUGCCAAAUUAUAAAUUUUUAUUGGGGCUUCCCAUGCUUCAAGUUCAGUGGGGUUCCAAUCAUCUUAUGUUUCUACUUCCUUGAGUUUCCAAUAGUUCCUUCUUUAAAUCUUCCUGUUGUUAUCCUUCCUUCUUUCGUGGCCUCUGAGUGUUUCCACCGGCGAGUUGAAAUAAACAAUAAUGUGCUUCUGUGUGAAAUUUGUAUGACUCUCCUUUUUUUUUUGCAGCUGGUAAGUCUGCUGUUUGCAGAAUGUCCUCACAGGCUGGUGUUUAUACCGAAUCAAUCCAAAAGUCCUUCUCUGGUGGCAGACGCCAUCUUCACUCAGUUCCGAUGAAAUAAAAUCUAGGUGUUUGCUCAUUAGAUCUCUCUGGGCUUCUCAAGUGUGUAGAAGAGUCCUGCAUGCAUUCCACUGUAUGUGUGCAGAUCCAUUCAUGCUAAUGUUGAGCAUGUGGAUGUCCAGAAUGUGGCCAGCAGGUGUGCCAGUUUCAGUGGUGAAGCGUCAGGGAUGUGGCCAGCAGUCACAGACUCACUUUCCCCUCUACAUGUUCCUUGAACAAAUGGGGGAAACAUGUGAAGAAUGCUUUCGCUUGCCUCUGUUUCUCACAGCACUGCUUGUGAGCAUUGGAAGACAUUAUGUUAGCUUGAUCAAUAGAGACAAGAAGCCACCAUCAAAAAUUCCUUAACUUAUUGAAAGGCAUAUACUUUCAUUGCUGGCUACUGAAAGCCAUUUUUCCCCACAGACUCAUUCAGUAAUUCAUAAGGUAUGUUUAAAUUUGCUCCACCUGGGAUUCAUCAUCUACAGAAAACAACUCUUCAUACUUCUCUGCAUGCGUACCAUCUGGAACCAUGGCUUUGCCCCAAGAAAGGCUGGCUUUUGCUUUCACAAGGAAAGCUAGCCUCCAUAGAAUAUGCAUUUCUGCCAAGUCCAGCCAGUUUCAUUGCUUAAUGCAAUUCAUGAUAACAUGAGCUUUAAAUCAUAUGCUGUAUGCUCCCAUUUGCAGCACUAUGUUUAUAUGUCUAUGACUGUUUAUGGAUCAAUGAUAUUGGAGUGAUGUGUUUGUAUCAUAGAGUCUUUAAAAAAUAAUAAUAGCACAGUUUUAACAACAGAGCUACAAUUCCCAGCAUCUUUUAAAAUUACUUUCCCAGGAUUCCCUUGGGAAAGUCAUGUGCUUUAAAUGUAUGGUGAUCAGUGAUCAGUCCUUAACAUUCAGCAGAACUUGUGGGAAAUAACAAAAAAAAGUUGACUUUUGUUUUCUGUUUGUUCUUUCUAUCAUUGAAAAUCAUUCCCCAUUAUUUUCAUUUACUGCUGAAAUGGGGUACCUUAGACUAAAAAGGUGGAAUAGAAACAGGGCUGUGUUCUCAUCCCGACUAUAUUUGUCAAAUACAGUGGUACCUCGGGUUAAGUACUUAAUUCAUUCCGGAGGUCCGUACUUAACCUGAAACUGUUCUUAACCUGAAGCACCACUUUAGCUAAUGGGGCCUCCUGCUGCCGCCGUGCCGCCGGAGCACGAUUUCUGUUCUCAUCCUGAAGCAAAGUUCUUAACCUGAAGCACUAUUCCUGAGUUAGCAGAGUCUGUAACCUGAAGCGUAUGUAACCUGAAGCGUAUGUAACCCGAGGUACCACUGUAUUCUUCUCCCCGUUACUCUCUUAUGCCUUCAGGUCUACUGAACACAAGUGUGUACUGUCAAGGAGUGAUGGGAGUCUGUUCAAUCUGGCACACCUCCGUUCCAAGACAAAAGUGUGGUGGGUCCUUAUCUGAGCGGUGUUGUUUCCAGAUGACGCAGCCUUGACAGCACACUCCAAGGAAGCCCUACACUGGCUCAUCAACUGUUUUGCUCAAGCCUGCAGGUACUUUGACCUUACCAUCAGCCUGAUGAAGACCAACAUCUUGGGUCAGGAUGUCACCAGCACUCCAUCCAUCAGCACUGGUGAUCACAUACUUGAGGUGGUAGGCAAUUUUGUCUACCUAGGUUUCACCAUAACCAGCAACCUCUCCAUCAAUACAAGUGUAUUGGCAAGGCAGCUACGGCAAUGGCUUGCCUCUCCAGAAGACUAUGGGAGAAUGUGAUGCUAACAUCCAAGAUGAAGGUCUACCAGGCUUGCGGGCUCAGCAUGCUGCUUUAUGGAAGUGAGUCAUGGGCAACUUGCAACCAUCAAAAGUGAUGCCUCAACACCUCCUAUAUGUGUGUGUCAGGAAUGUUAUGGGUAUCACAUGACAGGGCAGAGUUUCAAACAAAGAUGUGCUCUCCCAAGCUCACAUUCCCAGCAAUCCUGUCUAAGUGACGUCUAUGCUGUAUUGGUCAUGUCCACAGAAUGGAAGAUGGCAGGAUCCCCAAGGUGAAGGACACACUUCGUAACAACUCUGUAUUACAAAGAUGUCUGCAAAUGUGACAAGGCAGCUGGCAACAUCCAUGUGGGAAUCCCUUGCAGAUGACCACAGUGCCUGGAGACAGAGAGUUAGGUUGUGCGUCACUAGCAGUGACCCGAGGAGGAAUGACCACUGGGAGGAGCACACAGAGAGAAAAACACCAUGGUGCAUCUGCAACAGCAUGACUGGACGCCUUUAUCCACCCAGCUGCAACAAAGCACGCCGCUCCCAUAUCGGUCUCUACAGCCACAGCAGGUGCUGCAACCUCCCGACAGUUAGACUUCAUUCCUAAAGGCGUACCCUUCCAUUGUCUCCAGAGACAGACAGAAGCCAACAAUAGAAAUAAACAGGAAUGACUCAUCUUUUAAUUUGGCUAUAAACUGCCCAGAGCCCUUUGCAGACGAGGUCAAAACCUAAAUGAAAUUAAAUAUAUCGGGUUUUUUCUUCUUUAUUUUAAUUUGCUGCUUUACCUACAGAAGCAGAUCAGGUUUUUAAAAAUUCAUCCCAGAAAGUGUCUAGAGUGCUCUAAAAUCUUCCUAGCAUAUACAAGAAGGGAAAUUAUUAGAAGAAGCAUCCUUUUUAUAGUGCAGUAAUUUAAAUCUAAGAGGUUAAUGAAGAUAUUCAGAGCAUUUGCAAAUAGACUUUUGGCGGAUCCAUGGAAAUGCCAGAGUAUUAGAUUUUACUCAGUGAUAGAUUUUACUCAGUGAUCUUACAAAGCCUCUUAUCUCCUAUUCAGAAAAAGUGAAUGUAGAACUAAUAAGAUGGGCCAACUAAUCUUUUAAAUGCCAAUAGCAUCGUUUCAAGAUGCAUACAACUGUUCAAUGGAAAGGCUUGAUUUCAGCCUGGGAUUAAGAGUUCCACUGUGCAAGCAGAACUCACAUUUCUUAGGAGCCAGCCCAGAAAAUAUUGUAUAUUACACAUUUUAUUCCAUUUCUCUCUCAAAAGCUUAUCAAAAGCUUAGGGCAGCACAGUAAUGUCCCCAUUCUAUCCUCAAAACCACCCUAUGAGGUAGCUUAGGGCUAAAAGGGAGGUGGUCAUUAGCUGAAGAACACCCAGUGAAUUUUGUGGCUCAACAGGGAUUUGAACUCAAAUCGCCCUGGUCUGAGCUCCAAACUCCGACCAAUACACUAUAUGCUCUGUUGAAGUAUACUAGCAAACACACACACAUACAAUCAUUUUCACAAAGUUCUUUCCUCAAGUGUUUCCUAUUUUCUUCAGAUCAAGUUUGUGAAUUAUUCUACAGGAAUGUGAUGUGAAGGGAAACUUCCUUCCUUUAUGUUUUAAACAUUACUCGAAGAGGAUUAAUUCCAAGGAAUCUGCAAUGAUAUCUAUUUAGGAAGCUUUUUAUUGCUUUGGCUUUCAUCCCUAAAGAAACCAACACGUGAUUGAUGCUUUCCAUCAAAUUCAACUGCUGACACCCAACCUAUGUGCAGCAAGUUAGCACUGUAGUUCUGUAACUCAAUAUUGCGCAUGUACGUAAGAACACUUAACACUUUAUUUCAAAUACAGUUGCUAUAGCUGUUAAAUAUCACUGAUGCCUUCUUACAGAAGCACAAGGAUAAAACUUUUCAUUAGUUCUAAUGUUAACUGAUCUACAAAAAUGUGUGGCUACAUACCUUUCGCCAGGUCCAUCUUAUACUGUGCUCAUUCUGUCAAAUGAUUAAAAAAAUCAAAAUCAAAAUCCAUGCACUCUGAUGGGUAGCAUUAGCAAAAUGCAACAAUAUCCAUAGUUAUUAGGAAAUGUGUAAGUAUAAUGUUUUGUUUUGGCUGCAAAACCAUAUUGCUAGCCUCUAUGGAGAAAAGGUAACCUAUUCAGAACAAGCUAAACCAGGCAUGUCCAAAGUCCAUCUCAGGGGCCUAAUCUGGCUCACUGGUCAAUUUAAUCCAGCUAAAUUUCAAUCCUAAAAAAAGUUCAACAACUUUUGUUGGCCCUCACACAUGUUCACUUCAUCAAAUCUAGCCCGCUUUGAAAAAAGUUUGGGCACCCCUGAGCUAAACAGAUGGGAUUAAAAAAAAAAAGAAAGGACCCCCCCCCCAAUGUAAAUCAGAUGUCCCAGUUUCCUGAAGUGCUUUAAAAUAUUGCACCAGAUACGUUCGGCUUACCACUGCUUUGCACAUUACUUUAAAUACAUCCAUGAGACUAUGCAUAUCUACUGCAUACAUUCCAUUGAAUUAAACAGGACUUACUCUAGGAAGUGUACAUAGGAUGCUGCCUUAGCUCCCAAAUCAAAGGCUACAUGCAUUACUUCUUUGGAAGUAUAUUAACGUGGAGCCAGAACUGGGACUGUCUUAAAUCUCAUUUAUGUCGCUUGCAUAGAUGUUGCUUAAAGUGAUGAAAGCAAAUUUGUCCUGCCUGACAUGCUUAAUUGAAAACAGGUUGCUCAAAAACAAAAGGGUUAGGAAGUGUACAUUCAUUUUGAUUGGUCUUAAAUGUCCGGAUAUCGGGGGAGGGGGGGAAUCACCAAUAGAUUUACAUAAUCAAUUCCAUUUUCUUACUGAAAUAGUCAAUUUGCCAAUUAAUAUUCAGCAGGAAUAUGAGACUUUUUCAGCAUAAGCUAUACAUGUCUACUCAAAAGUAAGUGUCACUGAUUUUAAUGGGACUCACUCCCAAGUAAAUGAGCAACUGAGAGAGGAUUUUAGAUGCUAAAAUCCUGUCUGAGGGUAAGAAUUUGUACAGAGCUAUUCCCACUGUCCCCAGGUAGGUUUGGAAAUAGGCAUUUUAUGAGGUUUUAUAGCAAGCCGGAAAUUUAACAAACCACCCCAGUGGGAUCUAAUAUCGUUUCGGAUGACAAGAUGGUAACCUCUUUUUACUCACACUCAGUAAAACCAUCUUUUAUCACUUGGCCAAAGCUUUGCCCUGUGAUACAAUAUAGAAUAACUCUAAGGAACAUGAGAAGGUUAUGAAACAAUUUCCGCUCAGUAAGGAGAAUUUUUUUGACUUAAACAAUGACUCCAUUCUCCAUCCCUUGCAGAUAGCCGUUCUAGCUACUGAACCAAUAUGUAGCAAAUAUGGAAUUGUUUGUGCUUUAGUCUAAAAAUUUACAUAGCUAUGCCAGAUAAAGGUGAAACAGACAUGUUUUGCAUUAAACGUGAUGUGGAUAUUUGGCUCCAUUUGCCUUCUAUUCACUAUGUCUGUUUUAGUCCUAGCUUUCUUCCUAGGUUCUCUUCCCCACUAUUAAACUCGCAAUUAGUGAUGCAGUUAUGCAAACUACAGUUCCCAGGAUUGUUUUUUGGGGGGAAGUCAUGUGCUUUAAAUGCAUAUCAGAUGUGCUUUUGAUGUGUGAUAUGGAUCUUCCCUUACUUUUAAACUGUGGUAAUGUAUUUCCCUCUCCUCACACCUUUCCUCAUUUCAUGCUUUACAAAUUCUACAUUCCUGAUAUGUUGGGGCAGGGGAGGGGGAGAGAGUUGGCAACUCUGAUAAAAGCCUCUAAUCAUUUGCAAAGUUUCAUAUUUAAGGCUGCAAUUUAACCUUACAUAUCUAGAAAUAAGUUGCAUUUAAUUCACUAGGACUUCUGAGUAGAUAUGGUUAGGGUCGAACUCUUAGGCUACAAUCCUUUAGCCACUUGCCUGAGAGUAAGUCCCAUUAACAGGGCUUACUUCUGAGUAGACAUGGCUAGCGUUGCACUGUUAAGCUCACAUACAUACUGUAUAUUUAGUUCCUGUCAUGUGCUGUUUGCGUAGGUAGUCUACCUGCAGAUGUACUUACAGUACCACUAUAACAACAAUGAUGGCAGAAUUCUGACUCAAAAGUCUAGCCUUGAUGGUGCCACAGACGAAAACUCUCUGAGGCAGAUGAGGCUGAAAGAUAGCAACUGGCUCAAGAUAAUGCAGUGAACUUCACAACUGAGCAGGGAUUAAAAACCUGUGUCUUCCCAGUCCGAGGUCCGAGUCCAACACCUCUCUAAGGUGGGUCGCUUCCAGCUUCCCUGUCCACAAUAAAGAUUAGAACUGCUGACACACACAAGCAAAAUAAGGCACCAAAAUAUGAAUGGGACACUACAAUGAAACAAUUCUCUACCUUUCAACACACACUUGAUCCAGCCACUAGCAGUGCUCUGUUUAUAUAAUCAGCUGAUCUGAGUUCAUCACAGUCUAAUUUUGUGCCAUUAGUUCUGAUAUGCUUUUAUUCAUAACUAUGACAGUAGGACAAGAUCUGUAUCCGUCAGUAAACACAUCAUGUCUUUUACGAAAUCACAUCUCUUAUUUACUUAAAUUUGCAGCAUGUGCCACAUUUUGGUCUGAUGUGCACGAAGACAAAUUGUGAAACUUAUCGAACACACACACAAAGCAAGUGUCUAAAUUUUGAGGCCCCCUUUGAGCUUGAGAUUCAGGCCAAAUGGUCCUUCUGUCUUUCAACACCAGCCCAUUGGACACCACACCAGCUUUCCCAUCUCUUUCACGGCAAUAGAGUGGUCUCGUUGAGCCAGUUCACUCAGCUUUUUCUAAAUGUAAGCAGCAACUUCUAGGGGUUAGAAAAAUGAUCCCUGUGGUGAGAGCAGCUUUGGCUGCCACAUCAAUGAAUGGACAGCUCACAAAAUAUGUUUCCCUGCGUGCGUGCCUGCCCACAGAUGUCCAGGAAUGGAUCUCUUUGCUGGGAUAUAACUAUGGAGUCAACAUGCCCAUAGAUGCUACGAAGAUAUUUACAUAGACACGUGAGAUUUAAGGCACAUCUGCAUGGUAGUUCUGAAGAGAGACAAGUAUACGCAUGCACAGGGGACAAUAGAGUAGACCAUUUUUAUGUUUCAAAAAACAAACAAAAAAAACCCUGACUCCCAGGCCAAAGUCAGAAGAUGGGAGGGUAUGCAGAACUAGGACAGAACUUGCAAGGCUGAAGGCAGAGAAUCUGGAUUGAACCUCUCAGAUCAGGGCAAAGCCAUGUGAUUCAGUAGAAUUUAUUGGCACCAACCCUUUUGGUUUAGCACACAAGCAAUGAACUGGCAAGAGGGAAUGCCCAAGUCCUGUUUUUCUUUCUUUCUUCUUCUUCUUUGGCGAUCACUCAUCACCGAGUAAGACUGUCUUCCACAAACAGGGUUUUAACAAUGAGUCCGUAAGUGUGAUGGCCUGGGACUCGGGCUCGGACUCGGAACCAGAGAAGUCUUUGCCUCAGGCAUCAUCUGAACCAAGUCUGGGGCCUGAUCCUGAAGAGUCCCAGUCUGCACAGGUUCCCCUGCAACAAACACCAGCUGGGCCGAGUCAGAGGCCUGAACCUGCCCUGGCUCCAGAUGCAGGGAUUACCUUGUUGCCUUCAGCUGGGCCACUACUGGUUUGGUCAGGGGAGGCUGAGGCGGCCCCUGGGUCUAGUAACCCACCAACGUAUCCCAAGCUGCAGAGACUAAGGUCUGAGAGAAGGAGAGACCUGAAUACUCGCAGGAGGAGUGCUCACCUUUGGGCGAAACAGGGAGGUGAGUUGCCGGGGGAUUAGGACCGGCCAUUACCCUGACAAAGAUAAAAGACUGUCGGACCCCGCCCCAGAUUGCAGGAGUAACAUUGCUGUAUGCCAGAUCCUGCCUGAGACCCUGUACCUGUCCUUGCCUGGUUUCCUGCCUCAUGCCCUGCCUUGACCCUGUCGGACUGACUCCUAGUGGAACCUACAGAUUCUGGACUGGACCUGGACUGUGGUUCUCGGGUUACCCCCGGGCCCAGCACAGUAAGUGAUUGUGGAGGCCAGUUCUGGAUCCACACGUCCUUCCACAGUGGGGACAUUAGUUUCCGGGUGGGAGUUGAUCACAGUGUGGAUUUGCCAAGCAUGCCUUCCUCUUGACACAUUUCUCCCUUGUGUCCUGAGUUUGAGUAUCUUCAAAGCCCAUGACACCUUUGGUAAAGGCUGUUCUCCAACUGGAGCUCUUGCUGGCCAGUGUUUCCCAGUUGUCAGUGUUUAUACUACAUUUUUUUUAGAUUUGCCUUGAGACAGUCUUUAAACCUCUUUUGUUGACCACCAGCAUUACGCUUUCCAUUUUUAAGUUUGGAAUAGAGCAGUUGCUUUGGAAGACGAUCGUUAGGCAUCCACACAACAUGACCAGUCCAACAAAGUUGAUGUUGAAGAAUCAUUGCUUCAACACUGGUGAUCUUUGCUUCUUCCAGUACACUGAUAUUAGUUCGCCUGUCUUCCCAAGUGAGGUGUAAAAAUUUUCGGCGACACCGUUGAUGGAAUCUUUUGAGGAGUUGGAGAUGGCGUUUAUAAGUGGUCCAUGUUUCACAAGCAUAUAGUAAGGUUGGUAGUACAAUAGCUUUGUAAACAAGCAUUUUGGUUUCCCUGCGAAUGUCCCAGUCCACAAACACUCUGCACUUCAAUCGGGAGAAAACCGCACUUGCAGAGCUCAAGCAAUGCUGGAUUUUGGCAUCAAUGUUGGCCCUUGUGGAAAGAUACCGGUAACUGCCUAGGUAGGAGAAGUGGACAACCUUUUCCAAUGUUACACCACUGAGUUGGAUUUGUGGCGCUGCAGAGGGGUUAUUUUGUACUUGUUGGUGCAGCACUUUGGUUUUUUGGAUGUUGAGUGAAAGGCCAAGCUUUUCAUAAACUUCUGCAAAGAUAUUUAGGAUGGUUUGGAGGUCAUCCUCUGAGUGUGCGCACACUACGUUGUCAUCAGCAUACUGAAGCUCUAUGACUGAAGUUACGAUAACCUUACUCUUUGCUUUCAGCCUACUCAGAUUAAAGAGAUUUCCAUCUUUUCGAUAUAUGAUUUCUACUCUGGUGGGGAGUUUCCCUUCGACAAAGUGUAGGAUCAUGGCAAUGAAAAUAAUGCUUCUUCAUUUGUCCAAGAUAUUACAACUAUUUAAAUUCCAUAAAUAUUAUGUUUUUAUGAGCACUGGAGGAGUAUUUUCGUGGACCUCAGUUUAGCCCCUACUAGCCUGCUUGUUUGCUGUAAAUGUUCCAGGGACUCAGAGUUAGGACUAAACUAAAAUUAUGUGAAGCUCCCAAGAAAGAUGCAAUGUUCCCAUAGGAUAACUUAUGGCCUAUAUCCUGCCUCUAGUGAUACAGAUGUUGCCACCCACACUGGUCUCCCCAUGGACUUUCCUUUUCAUCUGCCAGCAGCUUCUGUGUUUUGUUUUAGUUGUUGGUUGGGGCUGCUGGAAACCUAAGGCAAAACAGAGCAGGGAAGCUCAGGUGGUCUUGGUUGAACUUGCAUUCCUAGGCAGGGAAAGGCUGGGAAGCAAUUCUUGCCAAUUUCAGUAUUUAAUUCAAAUCUAAAUUCAUUCUGCUUACAUGAAGGAUCAGUUCAUACUGUGCCCUGUCAAGUCUGUUCUACAUACAGUGUAAUGCAGGAGCAAACCUCAGUUCACGUUGUUCCACAUUUACAUGCAGUAUGAACAUUUUGUACGGACAUGCAUCUAUGUGUAUAUACACUCAUGCAGCAUCGUACAAACUCAUCAGUUCACAUGUGUAUGUUGGACAUUUUAGGGAUGCAUCAUCAUUAAAAUUAGAUAACACUAUAGGCUAUAGGUUGUAAUGAGCCAGGAAAGAGGAGCCACAGAGAAGUCAAUAAUCCAGACUGAUAAAUUAAUCAGGACCAAAGGACAAAACAGGAGGCAGGAUAAGGGAAACCCCCUGAUAGUUCUUCCUGUCCAGAAGGAUCCAAUAGCCAGCCUUGACAAUGGGAUAUUGUCCAGAAUUUGGAAGAUACUCUCCCAAUAGGUAGAUGGUACAACAUGCAGUUCAGUGAGUCAUCACAUGGCAGUCACACAAACUCAAAAGUCUCCAAGUAUGAGCCAAGUAGAGGUAGCUCCAAUUUUUUUUUAUUAUCAACAGUUGGCACCUAAAUCAUACAGUGACGAGGCAGUACGUUUUGGCAAAACAAGCACAGGAUUAGAAGGCAGAAAACUUCUGAAAGGAGGGUUUAAUGCAAGCCAGGGCUCAGCCUCAGACUGUGUUGUGACUGUGGUUUGAAUGCCAGUCAACCUUGCUUGCUUCAGAGUAUUACAAAAUAAUUUGUCUUAGCCGCACCCUGUGAAAAGGCAUAAUUCCAGAAAUGUAUGUCUCCCUCAUGAUGCCAUCGUCCACUACAUGGCCACGAAUCCAAGAUGGCUACUCAAGAUGGCUACCCCACUGCCUUCCCCUUGACAAUCCUUUGCCGUAUGGGGUUUUCCCUCUGUGCAUGAAUGAAUGAAUCAAUUUAUUUUGGCAUGAUGUGUGUCCCCCCCCUCCCCAGAAAGGCUGAUGGGCCCCAUCAGGUUUAUGUAGCAGCAGCAGACAGGCAAUUUGGAAAGGCCCAUUUGAAUUUCCAAGAAUGCCCCUGCUGUAUCAUUCUAAGGCAUUGUGGGUAAUUUAGCAUGGUGGCUCCACAUGGCUUGACAUGGGAGAUCAGCACAGUGGUGGCCUCUGCCAUAUUUCUGAAGCCUAGCUAGCUGCCCAAGGAUGCCAUAUGCCAAGCCUGAAGAACAAAGUUGUGAAAACCAGCUUUGCUCCAUUGAUCUGUUAGGAGUCAUCAGAGAGUAAGGGAAGCUUCUUCAUUCUGAAAUAUUCCUAGCUGGCUAAAGAAUACUUGCUUUCAGCUCUCCUCAUACUGCCCAAGAAGAGUGUCCCAUUGAACCAUGAUGUCACAGAAAUGCAGGGGAGAGAGAUCACCAAAGUUUAGGUGAUCCUUUACUUGCAUUUCUACAACUUCAUUGUCCAAGGGACAUUCCUCUCAUGGGGAACAGGGGAAGUAAGUGUUUGUGCGGUAAGUAUGUGCAAUUCUAUUUGUAUCUAGCUCCAUCGAUUGCUGAAAUGCAGUCUUUGGUGGAAUCUACACACAUGUUAAAAACGCUGUGAAAAUGCUUUUAAAAAAAGUUUUGAAAAAUAUCUUGAAUUUGCCAUAGCUCACCAUCACCAUCUAGUGUCACAAUUGUAUAUUGCGCUUUACAACACAUUCAAAACGUUUUAUUUGCAGCUGUAUAGCUGAGAUCCUUGCCAUCGGUCCAUGGGGGUAAUACGGCAAGAUAAGUGGGAGAGUAAUUUGAGAUGCAGACCAGAAGUGAACUGCCCUCAUUAGCCUAAGGGAGCAACAAGAGUCUGAAAUUCCAAUGAUAUCCAGAGGACUGCCAUACAGUCCCCAGCCCUGUUAAAUAGAAGACAUUGAAUUUAAGUGAAGGUAGUCGCAGUGAAGCCAACAUUACUAAAAUCUUAAACCUACUGUUUCAUUUUAGCUUGUGGGUUGAAGAUGCCUGUGUUACUGUUAUAAAUUCUGCAUCUCACACCCUGAGACUAAGGCUGAAAAGAUAAAAGCAUGAAAUUGUUAUUUUGUCAAAGCUUCACUCUUGAAAACACUCUUUAAGUGUAUAAUCACUUCCAAUAACCAUAGAAAAUCAACACCAUGUAGAACCCCCUGGAUUCCAUUGUACCCUUGAUUUGUUCAUGUUCUGCAAUAACCUCAAAAUUGAUACUUUCACAGUGCUGUUCAUAUUUCCAUUAUAGUUUCCUGCAAAAUGCCAUACAUUUCUCUUAUCCAGCAACAGAAAAGACUACGAGGACAUGAAAUGCAGUCCCCUGCCUUCAUUCAGAAUCUUCCACAUUCUCCCUAAUAAUUCAAACUACAGAUUUCACCAGGAGAAUACAUGGUCACCCUAAGUUCCCUAUAUGAAGAAAUGAACCCUGCAUUCUACAGCUCUACGAGCCACUAGGAUCUGGGAGAUCCAUGUUCACAUCCCCAAUCAGCCAUGAGCCUCAAUGGGGGAACAUAAGCGAGAGGCCUAUCUAUUCCAGAUUUCUAUUUUCUUUAGCAAUCAGAUUCUUCUGGGAAGCCCCCCAAAGCCUCUCCUGCUGUUGUUCUCCAGGACCUGAUUUUCAGAGACAUGUUGUCUCCAAUUCUGGAGGUAACAUAUGGACACCAUUAGUUGGGUUUACAAUAUUUUACAGCCAUUUACAGUCUUGGGACUAUCACUACCUUGGGGCAGUCUUUCAGUUUAUUUUAUCACAUAGGGUUGUUCUGAGGACAAACAAAGGAAGGAGACAGACUCAUAUCUACCAUGAAUUCCUCUGAGGAAGAUUGAGAUAAAAAUGUAAUAAAUGACUAAAGCAAAUAACUUAUGAGGGAAGGCAAGACAUUUCCCUCUGGAAAAACAUGAUUUGAAGGAUGCAAUCCUAUGCACAUUUACUUAGGAAUAAGUUCCCAAACACACUGGGACAUUCAGCUGAGUAUAUAUGCACAGGAUUGGGGUGUUAAUCUCAAAUACCAAAAUUAGGCGACUUGAGUUACGAGACGGAAAUUUAGCACUGAUCUGCAUCACACCCAGUACCCUUCCUCUACUUGGGGUUGUACCAUCUGGGAAAACCUCCAAUGAGUUGAUUCAAAAAGUAUGUCAAAUAAGCCAACAGCGCUUGUGUUCUGCUGCUAACUCAGUUAUAAUAGUGAAUGUACGAAAGUAAUAGUGUUUUAAAUUAAUUUUGUACUUGGUAACUUGCACUGGAACCCAAAUUUGUAGAGCCUAUAAACGGUAUUUGCAUUAAAAACAACAACAUGGUGAGUGAAUGAGUUUGGUAGAAGAUUGGUAAGAAAUGUGUUAAAGAUCAUGGGUCAGAUCACUGACCUUUAACCCAUCACUUCUAGGAUUCCUUUCAACAGAAGAAGAGGAGAACCUUUGGUUCCAGCCCUAUCUUUUCUACACAAAGUUACUGGGAAAGAUUCUUUAACUAUUUGAUGACACUGCCAUCGUUCAGCCCCAUCCCAGGUGCUGAAAAGCCUGUGCUAGAGGGGGAAAUGGCACAUUUACUUCUCCACAUGUCCACAUGUCCGCAAGUUACCAAGUACAAGGGACGCGGGUGGCGCUGUGGGUUAAACCACAGAGCCUAGGCCUUGCCAAUCAGAAGGUCGGCGGUUCGAAUCCCCGCGACGGGGUGAGCUCCCGUUCCUCAGUCCCAGCUCCUGCCAACCUAGCAGUUCGAAAGCACGUCAAAGUGCAAGUAGAUAAAUAGGUACCGCUCCUGCGGGAAGGUAAACGGCGUUUCCGUGCGCUGCUCUGGUUCGCCAGAAGCGGCUUAGUCAUGCUGGCCACAUGACCCGGAAACUGUACGCCGGCUCCCUCGGGCAAUAAAGCGAGAUGAGCGCUGCAACCCCAGAGUCGGCCACGACUGGACCUAAUGGUCCCUUUACCUUUACCUAUGUCCACACUGUUGGUGCAAUAUAUAUUAUAUAUUAGACAGAGAAUUUUAACAGAGAAGAUCUAAGUUUGGGGUAAAGUACUCUUUGGUGAGAGAACUCCAGAAGUAAUUAAAAGUCACAAAAUAGGCAGCAAAGUUAAACAUGGACUGCCAGACCUUUAAAAUAUUUUUCCCUCCAAGUGAGUUCCAAAAUGUCCCCUUAAAUAAUUUCUUUCCAAAGUUUCCUUCUUCCCCAGUGUAGGAAAAAGACCACAUGUUUGAUAAAUGGGCUAUUUACAAAGUCCUUAAAGGUCAGAGUAACAUGCUUCAGAAAAGUUGCACAGGCAGUAAAACUUAGCUUAGAUACAAAGUGUUCCUAAAUUAUUGGUAUAGGCUGUGGUGUUUUUUUUCUAGAGAAAAGGGUGCUGGAACACACCUUCCUCAGAAGACCUUCCUCAGAAGACCCACCCCAGAGCCCAAAGAGGAUCUCUUUUGGCUGGGGUGGGGUCUACUCUCCAGCCAGAGCCUUGCAGAGGCUGCUCCGCUGAGGCAUGGAGAGGCUUCUGUGCCCCACUGCACCUCUGUCUCACGAGAAGACCCUCUCCGAAGCCCAUAGAGGAUGCCCCCUUCAGGCUAAUAAUAAUAAUACCCCACCCAUCUGGCUGGGUUUCCCCAGCCACUCUAGGCUGCUUACAGCACAUAAAAAAUUGUAAAACAUUAGACAUUAAAAAUUUCCCGAUACAGGGCUGCCUUCAGAUGUCUUCUUAAAGCCAGAUAGUUGUUUAUUUCCUUGACAUCUGAUGGGAGGGCGUUCCACAGGGCAGGUGCCACUACUGAGAAGGCCCUCUGCUUGGUUCCCUGUAACCUCACUGCUUUCAGUGAGGGAACCACCAGAAGGCACUCGGAGCUGGCUCAGGGAGGGUCUUCUUAAGGGCUUUGCUGAGGUUGGUCAAGUCUCUCCACACACUUCUGGGGCCAGCUGAGAGGUGCCGGAACACUGUUUCGGAGAGUUCUGGCUGAAAAAAAUGCCCUGGGUAUAGGAACACAGAAAUAGUUGGCGAGAGCCAUGUGGUUGAGUUGGAACAACCAGCUCAAACCUUUUUGCACGCUGAGUACCAUUUGUACAGGGUUCUCACUUGCACAGGGAGCCUCCACAUAUAUAAAAAGGUAUAUGCUGCAUAGGUUUAUUAUCAUGCAAGGGGCCAUGAAAAUUCAUGCAACCUUGAGGUAGGGAUAAAUACAGAGCCCCAAUGAGACCUUGUUGGCUCUUCAUUCCAGCAGUACCAGGAGAGGGCUUGUCCACAUGCAAUGAACUUGAUGAACUGGUUCCACAGUUUUCAAACCCUCUUUGACUAAUGCAAGCCCAAUGCCUCCUGGGACAUGCAGAACUAGUUUCAUGGUUCAUUAUUAAACUUUUUGUCAAUAUAUUAUUAUAUCCAUAGCCAACUUUUCCUCCAAGGCAGUGUGCAUGGUUCAAUUUAAUCCUCACAACUCUGUGAAGUAGACUAAGAUAAGAGUUGGUUUCAUGGUCAAGUGACGAUUUGAACCUGGAUGUCUCUAAUCCUAGUCUGACACUAUAAAUAUGACACCCUACUACAGUUUUGCUGGGUGUAGGGAUGGUUGUAGAAUAUAUUUGCAGCCCAGUCAUGUCCAUAUUUACUCAGAUGUUCCAUUGAUUUCAAUAGGAUGUAAUUCUACAGCAGUGUGCAUUAAACUGCAGCCUUGAAAUGAAACCAGUUCAGCUAUGGUGAUAGACCAAAACCUCUCUGGGCUUGGCAACUACAUAAUCAAACAAAUAAAAGACCUCUUGCAUCUAAAACUGAAUGUAGAUUUCAUUGGCUACACCGUUGUUAAGGGAGGGAUUGGGCCGAAGGAAACGUGGAUUAAAAGUUCUUUCAAGACCUGUAAUGCUGUAACACGUGAAAGAUUUAUGGAUCUAAAAUAUUUGCCUGACUAAGUAAUCUUGAACUUCAGAAUUGCACUGCAGAGAUCAGUUUAAUGAUGGUGUUUUCUGGCAGCAAGUGCAGCUCCUUAGGAGUGUUCUUUAGCUGACAGCAGCACCGCAGGCAAACACAGCUUGCACAACUGCAUAUUCAUACCAAACUGGAGCGAUGCAAUUGGGCAAAAGUCAUGCUCUCGGUUUUUACAGUUGCACAAGGAACAAUUUAAAACAGACAAAAAAAGUUUGGCCUUGGAAGCAAGGGCUCGUCCCCAUGUGCUGUAGCAAAAGAAGGAAAUGAGCUGGAGGUUUCAAGAGACAGCACUGAUGAUGAUGCAAAGGAGCUGACAAGGGCGUUUCAUGUGAAGCUGCAACUUUUUUUUCAUUUCACAGCUGCCCCCAACCUGAGAAAAGCCAGCCACUUUUCAGUUUUAAAAGCUGCUUUUCUCCUUUGGUGGGUUUUUUUUGGGGGGGGGGGUAAGCAGUUAAACAUUCCAGGGAAAACUGGCUCCCAGCACUGUUCUGAGGAACAGGAAGGAAAAGCUUUCUCUAAAGUGAGUUCUUCAGCUCUUUGUAGGGCUGAAAAACAGCUAGCACUAGAGCACCAUCUAGUUUCUAGCAAGAAAAACUGGCGCUAAACAAACUGCAUUCACUGCCCUGCUCAGUAUUUGACUACAGGGAUUGAAUAGGGUUGUGUGAGCAGCAAGCAGAUAUUUUGGAGGCACCAGCACUUUGUUUCAAAGCCUUUAGCAUUUGGAUCUUAACUCGUAGUAAAGUACCCUGUGACUACUGGAAACUCUGAGGGCUUUUGAUCUAGGGGAAAAUUUUAGAACCUGGCUCCAAGCUAUAUAUUUAAAACAAGCCUGAAACUUCGCAUUAAGGUGGUCACCUCAAAAUCUAUUUUCUUUCCAAAGGAACAGAGGCAAAUGAUCAGGAUAUAAUGGUUAUCUGGUGUGUUCAGUUCCUGCUAUACAUUUCUUGUCAAUUUCUUGUAGAUAUAAACAAAUAAUAACAGUGAUGAUGAUGAUACCGUGUGACAUUCAUUUUUAUACUAUGCAUCAGAGUUUGUUCCUUGAAUAACUAACUUGCUGCAGUAUUGUAAGUGCUCAGCCCCUUUCAGGAUCUGGCCUAAUAUUACAUGAUAAGUAAUAAUCCCUGGACUGGUCAGUGACUUUGCCCACCAGCUGAACUACAAAGACAAUCCAGGACUAUUUAUAAAAGUAACUGAUAACAGCGAGACACUACCAGUGUCAAAAGCAGCUGUAAAAUAGAGGGAUAAACAAAGCCCAGUUAAUAGAACAAUUCAACUGUCAAAUAGAAUUCCAGUGAUACUACACAAAAAUAAAGCACCCCACUAAAUUAUUUAGAUGCACCAAUUAAGAGGUUGCAGUCAUUUUUUAAAAUGUGCUAGCCCUCAUUUGUCACAAUUAAUGGGCCAUAUCCAAUGUUGCAGCUCUGAUGGCCGAACAGAUACACACAAUGGAGCUUCCUCCUUCUUUCCUGUCCUGUCUGGUCUGCUUCACACCCUUGAAAUUAGCUCCUGGAGGCUGAGGGAUCAUCUGGAGCAGAUUUUGGGGAGUGCACAGGAGGAAAGGAAACAGAAUCCCAUUGUGCCAGCAGUUCUAAGCUAUUCAGUUCUAAAAAAUAGGAAAUUAAACUCUUAAAUGUAAGAAAACAAUUGUUUCCUGUCACAUACAUGACUCUUCCUGACUCCCUUAUUUAUUUACCUGGACAUUUUAGUGAUGGUUUCCUCUUAAAUCUUCAAUCUCAAGCAGGGGUGGUGAACCUGUCAUCCUCAACAUAUUGUUGACCUCUAACAACCAUCAGCUUCAUGAACGGGGGUGGGGGGAUGUUUUGUUUGGUCUAACAACAUCUGGAGGACCAAGGGUUCAUCGUCCCUAAUCUCAAGGCAUUUGUUUUUUUCAUUCUGAUUUUCAUCCUGUGGCUAAGUGAGCCUAUUUUAGGCGCAGUUUUGGUUGCAGCAGCUUCCAUGUGUGUGAGAACUGGAUCUCUCCCCCCCCCCCUUUUACCCAUCUAAUUUAAGACAAACUCUUAGCCUGAAGUACAUUUCAGUUGAAUUGUAGGAGAUAUUGGCUGAACUGUUUAACUUGGCAUCCAUCUCAAGGCGAAGUGGAACAUUCUGCUUGAUCACUUCCCUAAAGCAAUACUCCAAAUUUAGACUGGAAUGUUUUUCUUUGCUUUUGCUGCACGUUUUUUAUUAUUCAAAACUCUGUAGAAUUUUUAAAAUACGGUUUUUUCCUUUUUGAAAAACAAACACCCUGUCUUUGAAACACUAUCGUUAGUUGGUUUUGAUGCACAUAAAUAUAUACCCCCUCCAAAUAUUAAAACAUCUCAAAAGGAAGAGGUCAGUUCUCAAAUUCAUCACCCCAAGCUAUUCAUACACUUCACGCUAGAUAUGUCAAAAAGAUGAAUGGCUUGGCCCAGCAUACCCCCUGCCCUAGACCACUCCCAGGAAGAAGGUUGGCAUGUGCUGGGGAAAUCAUUCAAGCUGAAGGAUUAUUGGGGGUGCGAUGCAUUAAAUUCUAAGGACUAGAACAGGCUUUCUCAAACUUGGCCCUCCAGAUGUUUUGAGACUACAAUUCCCAUCAUCCAUGACCACUGGUCCGGCUAGCUAGGGAUGAUGGGAGUUGUAGGCCAAAAACAACUGGAGGGCCGAGUUUGAGGAAGCCUGGACAAGAAGCUUGAUGUUGACGCAGACAGGGAGAACAAGUACAGAAAAUCUAGCAGGGUGAGUUCCUCAUUGUAUUGGGAUAUGUGCAUUUUUUUUUCCUUUUUACCAUAAGUUUGUGGUUGAGAGAGCAUGGUAAACUUAAGUAGAGCUUUGCAUAUGGAGCCAUUCACACUAGUAGUUUUCCACCUUGAACUGCCGUUAUGUGGUUGUGUUUUUCCCUAGAUCAGGUUAAUGCCUUUCUUACCUACAAUAAAACAUGUAAGACUAUCCUGGUUAUUUUGUUAUUUUGUUUUGAAAAACAAGGCCAACUAUAAAACACAGGAAGCAAGUUUUCAAAUUAUACAGAACUCUUCCUCAGGCGUAGGUGUCAAGUGCCAAAAGAAAAGAGCAACAAGUUUGAUUUUAGAACAGGAUGUUCCCUUGUAAAUUAGAUGUUCACUUUUAGCGAGAAAUGUUCAAUCCUAGGUUUGUUGACCAGUUCUGGGCAAAAAUGAACGUUUGUGGACCUUAUGUUGAUUUAAACUCAGAAAAGAGGUGUGCCAAGUAAUUAAAAUGGUACCGUUUCAGCUGUAGAAGAUUUAACGAACUGCGGAGCCUUUAUUAAAAACACACACACCUUAAUAUUCAUUAAGAGUCAAGAGGAGUUAAUGGAGGUUCAAAGUAAACAAAGAUAUUAUUCUUUCUGUCCGCUGCUAUUCUUUAGCACUGGUGAAUACAGGGCAGGUUUUAUCAAACAUUUUCACACUGAAGGUACUGAAUGAGACAGAGGAGUCAGGUGCAGCAACUAAGGAGAACAUAUGUAAGAGGCAACAGCGGAUUAAGGUGAAAACACACCAAAAUAUGGGCGUUGUCAUUGUUUCUUAAAAGCACUCGUAGCAGCUUGGAUGUUGAUUACCAGCUCCCAUGGCUAAUUAUUUACAUAUUUAUGGUAAAGCUAUGCUGCUCUUCUACCAGAAAGGAACUCACCUUUAAGAGGAUCUGAAAGCUAAGAUUCAAUGAACAGAAAAAAGGGACUCCAUUCUUAUUUGAAAUUUCUGUACAGUGGUACCUCGGGUUACAGACGCUUCAGGUUACAGACUCCGCUAACCCAGAAAUAGUACCUUGGGUUAAGAACUUUCCUUCAGGAUGAGAACUGAAAUCGUGCGGCCCCAUUAGCUAAAGUGGUACCUCAGGUUAAGAACAGUUUCAGGUUAAGAACGGACCACCAGAACGAAGUAAGUUCUUAACCCGAGGUACCACUGUACUAGGAAGAAGAAUCUUCCAGUUAGCUGCUUGCCCAACGUAAGCAACAUUCACUCUUCAUGAGCAAUUCAGCACACAAGUGCAUGCUGGUAGGUUUUGCAAAAAAAUUAAUAUUUGAACUUACUCAACAGUUUAAAAAUAGAUUUGGAUUUGAUCAGCAGGGCUUCACUACAAAGGUUAUAGAGGGAUUUAUGGAAUGCUUCAGGAGAGCUGUACAAGGUCUGAUGUGACCAGUGGCCAUCCAUGCAUGGGAAGGGGGCGCUGCAUAAAUAAGUAUGUAUAUACACAGAGAGCCUCCAUAGAAGUGCAUGGGGAAAGGGGCUGCUGCUUUCCUUGCGCCACACGGGGGGUGGGGUGGGGUGGGCAAAGUCUUACACGGGUGCCUUUUCAGGAGGCAGAAGGAGCUGCAGUGGAAAUGGGAGGGUUGAAAAACUCCUUAGGAUCCCAUUAUAUUCAAAUAUUGAGAGGCUAAAUAUGGUAGCUCUUCCCCAAGCCCUUAAAACAAGUAGCCACGCACACAGGAAAGCUACUUUCUUCUACUUAAUUCAAUUUAUAUACUGCCCUUUAUCCACUAAAAAUAUAAUUUGUAUAACAUAAUAAAAAAUAAUUUUAAAAGUAAAAAUUAAGUUAUAAAUCAAUUACAGAAAAAAUCCUAAGGCCCCCCCACAUUUAUUGCCUACUGACAAAACUAGUGCAAUAAUUUCAAAUCACUUCUACAUGUAGAGAUCAACCGCUGCACAGCCCUUUUAUUAAUUUGUAUACGGUGGUUUCGUUUGUCCUCAAAUGCUGCAACAUGCACCAACGACAUUGCAUUCUCUCCCUCUGUAUUCUGGGGACUGAUUACAGAAAACUGGAGACUAAUGCGCAAGGAAGCAAAUGUACACUUUGCAGGAUCAGGUGGACAUGCUAUGAGUUUAGGACACUGGACUUCUGCUGGUGGGUCCCCAAAGCUGGCUUGAGUCUAAGUAGGUUGCAAAAGGAGAGCAAAUAGGAUUCAGAUAGGUCAAAGUGGGCAGUGUGGGGGCAGCAGGAGAGGCACCAAGCAGAGGGCAUCUUUAGGACAAAAACCUGCAAGUGGCCCCAUAUUAUGCACUGGGGUCAAUAGUAAUCUCAGGGUUAAUGACUUGCACCUCAGAACAAAAUUGAUACAUCCAUCUAAGGACAUUGUAGAAUUGGACUGUGGCAAAUGACAAGCUUAAAAGUGCUUUCCUUUUAAAAAGUAGUGCCUGUUUUCAUACAACAGCUCCGGCAACAUAAUAUUGAUGCUGGCUCAACACCAUUUAAAUUCAAGACCAUGGGUAGGCAAACUAAGGUCCGCGGGCCGGAUCUGGACCAAUCACCUUCUAAAUCCAGCCCGCGGACAGUCCAGGAAUCAGCAAGUUUUUACAUGAGUAGAAUGUGUCCUUUUAUUUAAAAUGCACCUCUGGGUUAUUUGUGGGGCCUGCCUGGUGUUUUUACACGAGUAGAAUGUGUGCUUUUAUUUAAAAUGCAUCUCUGGGUUACUUGUGGGGCAUAGGAAUUCGUUCAUUCCCCCCCUCCCCAAUAUAGUCCAGCACCCCACAAGGUCUGAGGGACAGUGGACUGGCCGCCUGCUGAAAAAGUUUACUGACUCCUGUUCAAGAUUACUGCAAGUUUAAAAUGUUAUUUUCUGGUACCCACAGUUAGUUUUGUGACCUCUCUUUUAACGUGAUGUCAGCUUAAGAGCUGCAAGAAACUUUUAAAGAUGCUAUUCUUUUUGCCAGUGGUGUUUUUGUAUUUUCAGGAUAUAGAUUUCUGGCCAUGGAAAAUGCAUAUAAUACAAGCGCCAGCAGAGGAAAAGACUCCAAGGGAAGAACACUGAAACCUCUUUCACGAUGCCAAUACCGUCAGCUGACCAUAGAAUCUGCCAAAAGGUAG